AUGACUACUGUUCCUUCAACAUUCAAACACAAACAAUACAGACCUUUAAGAAAAAAUCUAAAUUACAAAAUGUUCAAAUUGGUGGUGUUGUCUGCUUUAUUCGCCGUUGUCUUGGCUCGUCCUGGUCUAUACGAAUCUGCCGUAUACUCAGCUCCAGCAUAUGCCUCGGUUGCCGUACAAGAACAUGGUUAUGCUCAUGUAGGUUCCAUUGUAAAAUCUGUGCCUUCAGCUGUCUCCCAUCAAAGUCACUCGGUGGUCCAUAGUUCUGCUCAUGUGGUAGAAGAUGUUUUGGCUCCUGCUGUUAAGAGCACUUUGUAUUCAACAAAAUCUUUAGUUGCUCCCCUGGUUGAAACUUAUGCGGCUGCACCCACUUAUGUUAAAUCUUAUGCUGCUCCUUCGGUUGUUUACAAGUCUUAUGCUGAAGCCGCUCCUGUUUUGUACAAAUCCUGGUAAUGAGGUGUAAUAAGGAGGAAAACUAAAGGUUUUUGUUAAGUAAAACAAGACUAAUGUGAUUUUUGUUAUAUAUAUUAAUUAACGAUAAAAAAUAAAAUGAAACUAGUUUUAAAGUA